GAUGCCACCUGAAGGGGGGAGAUUUUCGCAAGUUUUUCGAAACUAUAUAAAUCGAGCGCUAGCCAUCCCUAAAUUAGUCUCAGUCUUCAUCAAACAUGAAAGUGAUCGUUGUCGUCGCCGCCCUUUUGGCCGUAGCCUUAGCCAGGCCGCAGAACCGCGAUGCGGACGCUCAGAUCGUUCGGGCGGAUACGGAUAACAUCGGCGUCGGAGGAUACAAAUAUAGUUACGAAACCAGUAACGGCAUUUCCUCUGAUGAGCAAGGCGAGGUGAAGAACGAAGGCCGUGAGGACGAAAGCAUCGCCGUCCGUGGACAAUUCAGCUUCGUGGGCCCCGAUGGUGUCACCUACACUGUGCAAUACAUCGCUGACGAGAACGGUUUCCAGCCACAAGGCGCCCACAUACCCCAGUAAUACGGCCCUGAUUUUCAGUACUGUUAAGUUUUGUACAGCAAUACCAUCACAAUGAUAUUUAAGUACUGUUGACAUUCAACAAUUUGUAAAAAUUGCUUUAUAAAUAUACGUAUUGGUUAUUUA